CAAAAUCAUCAACAGCAACCAUGGUUGAGUGGACCGACGAGGAGCGCGGCUUCAUUAACGGCAUCUUCGCCAAGCUGGACUAUGACGACAUCGGCCCCAAGGCUCUGUCCAGGUGUCUGAUCGUGUACCCCUGGACCCAGCGGUACUUCGGCGGCUUCGGCAACCUGUACAACGCCGAUGCCAUCAAGACCAACCCCAUGAUCGCCGCGCACGGCAUCAAGGUGCUGCACGGUCUGGACCGGGCCGUCAAGAACAUGGACGACAUCAAGAACACCUACGCCGCCCUCAGCGUGCUGCACUCCGAGAAGCUGCACGUCGACCCCGACAACUUCAGGGUGUUCAGUGACUGUCUCACCGUCGUCAUCGCCGCCAAGAUGGGAAACGGCUUCACCGCUGACAUGCAGGCCGCCUGGCAGAAGUUCCUGACCGUGGUGGUGUCCGCUCUGGGCAGGCAGUACCACUAGGCGCCGGCAGCGGCGA